AGUCCUAGUGGAGUUAUUAUGUUGAGACAUUGGGAUGUGGUUUUGAAAGCAGAUAAUCCAAAUGGAUAUAAUUUAAAAGUUUGUCCAGGUCUCUCUCAUGAUGUCAUUCACCCAAAACCAUUUCAAAAAAUGAAUGUUAGAAGAGCAUUCAGAUUUUUCAGUAUUGCUGCAGGAAUGGAGUUAUUUAAAACUGAAGGAGUACCUGGUUUACAAGAUGCAGAUCCAUCGAAAGAAAUUAUUAAAAUUAUAAAUAAUGUUAUAAGGAUUAUGAACUCGAAAUCCCCAGGAGAAAGUCUGAAAUGGGAUUCCGAUGAUCGCAAGGAGCUUGAAAAUUUUUUAAAUUAUUUGGAUGAAUAA